AUGUCAACAGAUAACACAGAAUUGUUAUCCAAAUUUCUAAAUGAUUAUAAUCAACUAAAAAAAUAGAAUUAAGAAUAUCAAAUGAAAGAAAAUACAACAUAUUAAACUUUGUCUAAUGAAAAUUAGUUAUUGAACUAAGAAUUGAAUCGUAUAAAAAAAGAAAAUCAAAGGCUACUCGAAAAUAAUGCAUUCUUAACUGAUUAACUUAAUCAAUUAAAGCUUCUUUAUUCAGAAACUAAAUCAGAACUUUAAGAAUCCUUUAAUUUUAUUUAAAGCAUGAAUAAAAAUAUGAAGACAGGUACUUUUGAAAAUGAAGAUAAAGAUCUCAAUAAAUUAAUGGAAAUCUUUUCAGUUAAUUCUGUAGAUUAAUUAAUUAUGACUGCAGAAAAAAUUAAAACUGUAAUGUUAGGAGUUUCUCAUUUAGAAUAGUUUUGUAGAUCUAUUUGUGAAAUCAUUUACGAUUAACAUGAAGAACAUUAUAAUUUAGAUUAAGUAUUUCCUAUUAUUUAAAAAUGGAAAUGUGAUUCUAAAUAUGUUGAUUGUUUUUUGUUCUUUAAAAAUUAAUUAGAAUUAACACUUUCUUUAAAACAUUCAACUGAUUAAUAAAUUAUUGAUGCAAUAAAAAUACUUCAAAAUAAUUAAAAUAAUGAUAUUUAAGCAAUCAAAUAACUUUUCAAAAUUGAUUCGAAUGAUAAUUUUAUGUUCAAAAUCAAUCAAAUCUUUUUAUUACUUUAAGAUAUUUAAUAAUUUAUUAAGAUUGCUAAAAGAUUAUUAGAUUUGGAUGAGAACAUGAAAAAUGAAGCUUGUAUGGUUUACAUAUUGAAAUUAUUGGAAAAAAUAAAAUAAAAUAAUUUUAAUGAUCCUGAUCUAAUAUUAAAAAUAAUGAAAAUAAUGAAAGUUGAGCAUCCCUAAUAAAUAUUAUCAAAAUUAGAGUAAUUGACAAAUUGA